UUCUGUAUAGACUGAGCUCAUGGUGAGAAUGUAUAUGGGAUGAGCUGAGGCCGAGACAUAGAGGACAGUGAGGACAUGAGCAGCCGAGAAGAGAAAAAUAAGAUGAGUAAAACAGAAACUGUUUACAGAGAAUGUUUUGACAAUGGAACCUGGGCAUCUUGGAUGAACUACUCACAGUGCGUACCAAUCCUGGAUACUAAGCGGAAGUAUGACCUGCAUUACAAGAUCGCCCUGAUCAUCAACUACCUGGGACACUGCAUCUCCGUCCUGGCCCUGGUCAUUGCCUUCCUGCUCUUUUUGUGUUUAAGGAGUAUAAGAUGCCUUCGGAAUAUCAUUCACUGGAAUUUAAUCACAACGUUCAUCUUAAGAAAUAUCAUGUGGUUCCUGCUACAGAUGAUCGACCAUAACAUCCACGAGCAGAACGAGAUUUGGUGUCGAUGUAUCACGACUAUUUACAAUUACUUUGUGGUGACCAACUUCUUCUGGAUGUUCGUUGAAGGCUGCUACCUCCACACGGCCAUAGUGAUGACCUACUCCACAGACAAACUGCGCAAGUGGGUCUUCCUUUUCAUAGGAUGGUGUAUUCCAUGUCCAAUAAUCAUCGCCUGGGCUAUAGGGAAGCUGUGCAAUGAGAACGAACAAUGCUGGAUCGGAAAAGGUCCAGGAAAAUACAUUGAUUACAUCUAUCAAGGACCGGUCAUUCUCGUCCUUCUUAUCAAUUUUGUAUUUUUAUUCAACAUCGUAAGGAUAUUAAUGACGAAAUUAAGAGCUUCAACUACAUCCGAAACCAUACAGUAUAGGAAAGCUGUGAAGGCGACUCUGGUCUUACUCCCCCUCCUGGGAAUCACAUACAUGCUGUUCUUUGUGAACCCCGGAGAAGACGACGUCUCUCAGAUAGUCUUCAUUUAUUUCAAUUCCUUUCUUCAGUCUUUUCAGGGUUUCUUUGUAUCAGUAUUUUACUGCUUCUUGAAUGGGGAGGUACGAUCAGCCGCAAGAAAGAGGUGGCACCGCUGGCAAGACCACCAUUCCCUCCGCGUGCGAGUGGCCCGAGCUAUGUCCAUACCCACCUCGCCCACCAGGAUCAGCUUUCACAGCAUAAAGCAAACUGCAGCCAUCUGAGCGCAGGAAACACCGCGGCCUCUGGAGAUUUUGUAUCUUUUUGUUUCCUGGUUUCCAGUUUUUUAUAUCAGAGGACGGAUUCCCCUUUAAUAGAUGUUCAACGGCCACAACGCAGGGGGGAAAGUCACAGAACAAAAAGAACCCAAACCUGAGAGCAGACAAUAUUGUAGACGCUAUGGCAAAGCACAAGCGGAGAUCCUCGGGGGCGGGACAGCUACAGAUAUUUUUAUGAAAACCCCAUGAGGGACCCAAGUGCUUCAAGUGGAUUCUCCUUUUUUACGUCCAUGUUUUGGGCUCGCGGACAGUGUGGCAGAUAACUGAAGGAUGGUGGCGCCAAAUCAGUCACCAUUGAGGUUUCGGGGGGAAUUCUUUGAUAGUUUUGUGGUAGUGGGGUGUGUGGUGCAGGGCAGAUGUUGUUACCCUAGGGGCAGAUGGCAUUAACCCCUUGUAUUCGUGACGCCAGGGCAUGGUUUAGCCUAAAACUACCCGAAGGUAUACCGCUGGAUCCUGGGCUAGUCACGGGGGGCAAUAAAGACUCUGAUGCCAAGUUAUGGACAACGGUAGCUUUACUGAGGGUAGACAGAUGGUAAAGUCUAUACAGUUCAGUCAGGGCCCAAGGAGGUGACCAGUGAUGCAGAGACCUUAAGGACUUGCUGGGACUUGUAGUAGGACUGGACAAUUGAAUGCAGACCCCACUGACUCUACAGAUGACAGGGACUGACUUGACUCAUAAAGCUGUGACUUUAUCUUACUUGACUUGAUGGCGGCUGCAGGACUGGACUUUGAGGUCUCCAACACUCUGGACAUACAAACUAGGCGACUGCACUGGACCUCAGCCGGAAGAGAGAGAAGCUCCACCCAGGGCUUAUAUGGGGGAGACUAGCAGGGAGCCCAUAGGUCACUCUUGGGAUCACCUGGUCACUGGUCCGUACACUGCAGAACAUAUGUACAGGGGGGGAAACAGGUGCAAGGGGCCCUGGGGACACUGAUGAAGGCUGCCUGACAGGACAGCAGGAGCACAGGGUAACAUCUCCCGUACUGGGCUACCACAGUUUUCUUUGUAAAUUUCUACUUCUGCAAAAAAGAACUACAAAAAAAGUCAGAUGUUCUUACAAAAAAAAAAAAAUCAGUGGGUAGGAUCAGUAAAUGUAUUUAUCGUCUCUCCUUCAAAUUUGUUAAAAAAAACUAAAUAUUUCGGAGGGGGGAAGGGCUGAGUUAGGAAACAGUCAAUAUGGCCACCAGCACACAGUCUUGAUUUUUUGCUAAAUUAUCCCAUAAACCAGGAAGGCUUUAAAAAAAAAAAAAAUUAAAAAAAAUACAGGGUUUAUACAAACUUUGUCUAAAGUUGUUAGUUUUGGGGGAGUUCCUGGUUCCUCGGGGGUGUUCUAAGGCUUUACUAUGAUUGAUAGGUACAAGAACCAUUGAGUGGUGGUUAAAUUAAUCGAAAAUUUCCAAAAAAAAUGCAAAGAGUCCUUCACCUAAUGAUGGAGGGGCCCGCACUCAAUUUUUGCUCAAGAUCAUCCUUCAAAAUUUAUCUGAAAUAUGGUUUGGGUUUAAAGAAGCACUCCAGGAUUUUUUAUUUAUUUUUUGUAUAUAAUGUAGAGGAUCUUGUGUAUGCCUUGUGCUUACUUGUUUUAGUUGAUGUGGCAGGCAUGGGUUUGUAACCAUACUGAUUCCAAUUUUAUAAAUGAAAUGAAAUUCUAAUGCUGCCUACAUUUCCUAUGUAUACUAGUCCCUACUGUGUAUGCUAUUCCCAUAAAGAUAGCAGCAGUAUACAGACAGAGCUGGAGGAGAGGUGUAUAACUACUAUACAUCGUGAUCCCAUACAGAUAACAGCAGUAUACACAUAGAGCUGGAGGGGAGGUGUAUAACUACUAUAUAUCCUGAUCUCAUAGAGAUAACAGCAGCAGUAUACAGAUAGAGCUGGAGGGGAGGUGUAUAACUACUAUAUAUCCUGAUCCUAUAGAGACAGCAGCAGUAUACAGAUACAGCUAGGGGGGGAGUUGAAUAACUACUAUAUAUCCUAAUCCUAUAGAGACAGCAGCAGUAUACAGAUAGAGCUGGAGGGGAGGUCUAUAACUACUAUAUAUCCUUAUCCUAUAGAGACAGCAGCAGCAGUAUACAAAUACAGCUAGGGGGGAGUUGAAUAACUACUAUAUAUCCUGAUCCUAUAGAGACAGCAGCAGUAUACAGAUAGAGCUGGAGGGGAGGUGUAUAACUACUAUAUAUCCUUAUCCUAUAGAGACAGCAGCAGCAGUAUACAGAUACAGCUAGGGGGGAGUUGUAUAACUACUAUAUGUCCUGAUCCUAUAGAGACAGCAGCAGCAGUAUACAGAUAGAGCUAGGGGGAGGGGUCUAGGUUAUAACAUAAAAGAUCUGAUAGGUGAUAACGUCAUCCUGUAGUUUACAGGAAGCCAGCUGGCCUAGCACUGGCCACUUUCGCUGACACAUUAAUUGAUUUUUUUGUGGGUCAGACUGGUGAUUACAUGACCUAGUUACAGUAACAACACAUACGGAUGCAAAUGUGCUGGAAUUAAACCGGCGGUGCUGUAGGACUAGUUAUGGUGAGUGUGCUUGAUAUGGGAAAAAAAAAAAACCUGGAGUGCUUCUUUAAGAGUCAAAACCUACAGCAAUGGUACGCUUAAUGUGGUGCAGUUGGGAUGCAAUGCGUAUCUGUUGGACUUGUAGAGCGUGCACCCAUGCCCAAUAGCCCCUUUGCCAUAUCUCUGCAUUGAUCAGGGAAUUUGUAAUUCAGUGACUGUAAUGGAGGCCAUGUUGCUUUUCCUAAAAGCUAAAAAUAAUUUUUUACUUAUUUGCCGGAAGACGACUUUAUUUACAGGUGAUGUUUUUUUUUUUGUAUGAGAAAUGGUCUUUAGUGUUAUGUGGAUCGUGUGUUCUUGUUCUUGCUUUGAUUUUUUAUAUGCCUUAGCAUGAGAAUCAAUCACCCACUAUAGCUGCCUUUACCUUUAUCUAACAUCUCUAAAAAGGACACACUGGCUCCCUGUUUCUGUGCCAAGGUUGUCUCAUCUGGCUCCUCGUGGGCGGGAUUUAGCUAAACCCACCCAAACAAAAGUUUUUCCUGAACUUCACAUAUCCACUCAAAAAAUGUGCACAUUACAAACACGUAAACGCGGGAAUCCUCUCUGCCUAGAACUCCUGGAAGCCUGAUUUUGCAUUUGUGGUAGUGGGUAACGUUUAUGGCCACAGGUGCCACGUGAGGGCGCUAGUUAAAUGUGAGGAUUGUGAGGCCAAACAUCACCACCUGGUUUAUUAGAUAGUUUUUGUAAUAUCUCAGCGAGACACUAAAAAUGAACUUUUAAUGAAUUCUACUAAAAUCCAA